UCCACCAUGGCGGCGUCUUUUGCUGUACAGCUGCAGUGUUGUUGUUGUUGUGUCUUUUUGCUUUUCUUCCCGCACAGUAGCGCUUCUCAGCUCCUGAAUGAACCUUGUUACAAACCCAUACAAGACGAGAGGCCGGACUUUGUCAGGACGUACCCUCGGCCCCACGAGUACACAAAUGUGUCCGAUCUUCCUACGUCGUGGGACUGGAGGAACAUUGACGGGAAGAAUUACGUGAGCGCCACCAGGAACCAGCACAUCCCCCAGUACUGCGGCUCCUGCUGGGCCAUGGGGGCGACCAGCGCCCUGGCUGACCGUAUCAACAUCAUUCGCAAGGGAGCGUGGCCGUUGGCGUACCUGUCGGUACAGAACGUCAUCGAUUGUGGGGGCGCGGGGACUUGCUACGGUGGGGACCACAUGGGAGUCUACGCAUACGCGCACCACCAGGGCGUCCCGGACGAGACCUGCAACAACUACCAAGCCACGAACCAAAAAUGCGAGCUGUUCAACCAGUGCGGCACGUGCGUCUCCUUCGAGUCGUGCGGCGUGGUCAGGAACUAUACCGUGUGGAAAGUCGGGGACUACGGCAAAGUGUCUGGGAGAGACCGCAUGAAGGCUGAGAUAUACUUCAAUGGACCCAUCAGUUGUGCCCUGAUGGCCACCCGGGGACUGGAGGACUACGCAGGGGGCGUCUUCUCAGAGUUUCACCCCCUCUCCCUGCCCAAUCACAUAAUAUCAGUGGCCGGCUGGGGCAUGGCGGAGGACGGCACCGAGUUUUGGGUGGUCAGGAACUCCUGGGGAGUGUUUUGGGGAGAACACGGCUGGGCCAGAAUAGUCACCAGUGCCUAUAAGGAAGGAAAAGGCAACUGGUUCAACCUGGGUAUUGAGAAACAUUGUGCGUAUGGGGAUCCCAUUGUUACAUAGAUUUGUUUUAAUAACAGCUCAAUAUUGUACUUUUAACAACCCGCAUUGUCACAACAAUGUAAAACUGUCUUUUUGCC